AUCAAGUGUGAGUUAUCGAAAUUUUGGCAACUAUUCACCAAAGUUUUUCAAAGUUUACGAUUACUACGGUAAUAGCACUCGACGAAGCAUAUUCUGCAAUGCAGGCUGCACGACAGUAUCAAUAAACUAGCCAGCUUGAGUCCGAUGAGCGAGGGUUAUAUUAAUCCGAAGCCCAAGUUCUACCACUAAGAUAAAGAUGAUUGACAAUUGGAAGUAUAUCUGCUUCAUUGUAAGAGAAUAUGUACGCUUAUUUUCCUGAGGCUCUAUAUGCAAGUCAUAAAUCGUCGUAAAUAAACUCUCUGGCAAGUCGAUGAAAUGGAUCGAAACCUUGGGGACAGCGGGGCAAAUUAUUACAUGACGUAAUCCGGAGGUAAAUACAUAUUCGCCACUAACCGCUUUUAUCAUGUCGCUUCGUCGACUUUGCUGUGUCGGCUGCCGACAUCGUUUCUCACGAAAAUGACAACUUUGUUAUCGUUUGUAUCGUGGACAAUAAGCUACUGGCUCAGUGAAACGUUUUAAAGAUUAGCGCUCAUUUGACGUUUGGAUAAACAUUUCAUGAUCAAUUGAAAACUUUAGUCGUUGCUGUAUUCUACUAAAUGGACACUACAAGAUAUUCGUUACUGACGCCAAAAGAAGGAGCAAAAAUCGCGCUGAACUCAGCUUUCACUCACAACAUCGAGAAAUGCAUGUUGGCUUUCAAGAAGAAACACGAAUACGCUUGCGCUGUCGAGGAGUCCCCAAAUACAGGAGACCCUUGUCAUCCCGCGAUCCAUAACGAAGGAGCUGUAUCGUCUUCUGUCGAGCAGGCAUCUCCCAUCUCCGGUACUCAUUGGCACUCUUCCGAUUUUUAUGUGUCGAUGUUAAAUUUUUCUUUGGGCUACGGUACAGUUCUUGGUUUCCCAAGAUUAUGUUAUAAACACGGCGGAGGUAUCUUCCUUUUGCCGUAUUUGGUGAUGUUGUUUUUCGAAGCCAUCCCCCUUGUCUGCGUGGAAAUAGCAAUCGGUCAACAUUUUCAAAACGAGUUUCUUUUGCAUACAUGGAGGAAAGUUCAUCCCAGUGCUGUUGGUUUGGGAAUAAGCGCCGUAUUCAUUUCGUUGUUCACUAUUGUCUAUUUCAACGUUAUUGUCGGUUGGUGCGCCGCGUACCUUUUUAGUUCGUUGCAGCGGCAUCUCCCAUGGGCGUCAUGCCCAGAUCAUGCAAAUGCGUGCACAAAUGUGAGCAGUCCAUCCGAGUAUUACUGGUACGAGACAAAACUUGACGUUUCUGUGGACAUAAACUCCGUCAAAGGUUUAAACUGGGAAAUGUAUCUCUGCAUCUUUAUUUCGUGGAUUCUUGUGUUUAUGUAUAACGUUAAAGGCAUCAAAUUUGCAGCCAAACCCGGUCACGUAAUCCUCGUCAUUGCUGUGGUACUUUACCUUGCUCUUUUUCUCAUGGUGGUUCAUCUUGACGAGUGGGCACGUGGUUUGGCUUUGUUCUUCGACUUCGAUGUGAAAGACAUUGACAAGUUGCUGAGCAUUGAAAUCUGGCGCGACGCUGCAAAUCAUGCUUUUUUCACUCUUGGCAUUGGCUACGGUUCCAUACUCAUGUACUCUAGUCAUAACGAUAAACACUUCCAAUGCAAGUCAGCGGCGUUGUACUACGGGCUCAUCGACACUACCAUCGGUGUCUGUUCAUGCAUCAUCGUCUUUUCGUUGCGUGGAUUUCAAGCUCAUUUCAAAGACAAAGAAUGCUUGAAGUUUCUCGAAGACAAUAAUAGAUCGUGGUCGGAUAUUGGAAUCGAAACUAAGAGAAACCUCUUUUGUAAUUAUUCUUUUCUCUUGCAACCCCUACCAGACGCAUUUUCAUUGGCGUUUAUAAGCUGGAGUGAAAGUUUUACUCGUAUUCCAUAUCCGCCAUUGUGGUCGUCGCUUAGUUAUUUUUUGCUUCUUCUCACUGGCAUCGGCAGCAUGUCCGGUAUGGUACUUAAUGUUGCCUACUUUUUAAGGGAAAUCAGUGAUAUGAAGCACAUCUAUGCCACAGGUUUGGUUUGUUCGUUCUCCUGUGUAUUUGGACUACUGUUCACUACAGACAAUGGAUUGUACAUGGUCAAUUUGUUUCACGGUUAUUGUUUUUAUGCGUUGCCCUGGAUUGCUUUGAUGGAAAUUUUGACUGUCUUCUUUCUCUUUGGUCGCAAGAACUUUUGCAAAAUAUUUGAAGAAAUGACAGGAGAGCGUCUUCAUGUGUUAUGGAUUAUAUGUUGGUUCUUCAUCACACCCGCCAUUUUGGUAACACUGAUUAUUCUCAGUGUCGUCGAUUUGGCCAAAACAGACGGUUACACUUACAGCGUUUGGAAUCCUUUUAAGGGUAUGACGGAUAUUUUCUAUCCUUCUUGGUGUUAUGUCAUCAUUGGUUUGUCUUUUGCAAUACCCGUCGUUUCUGUCAUUGGCGUUUUCUUCAUAUACUGCAUAAGACAUCGUCAUUUGCUCAUGGAAAUGUUCCACGACACAUGGAAAUAUAUUUGGCAUAGGUGCCGGAGGCAAGAAGAAUUUGAACUCGAGAAUGUCGCGGAAGGACAAGAUUGUCGUAUUGAUUGUGCUCGUAGACGACAAAUUUUACCUUGCAACGAUGCCGUUAUUCCUGAACUACUUUCGUUUGAUAACAUGACGGUUGAGAAUGGCAACGUGCUGAGUGAAAACGCUGAAAUGUCACAGCAACCUAAUUGCUGCAUGGCUCAAAGUCUUCCUAAUCGACGACGUACGAGUAUUUGAGUAAAUUACGUUUUAAAAAAGAGAUUCCGAUUUUUAAUGUUUAGGAAAUACAUGAUUGGUUGAUUAUACAAACAGACGUUGUAAAUGGUUCAAAUAUGUCGUGUUCUUUGAGCGACAUAUCUAACAAACCAACAUCAUUAAACAUCUUUAGCCUACUGUAAUUAGAAGCGAAAUUGCAAUGCAACUUGUGUUAGGGGUG